CCAUUUGAAAAGCCACAGCAUCUUGCAGCAUACACAACAACGACCAAUCAACGGACCAACCUCGAUGGCUUUCUCACCAGGCUGCCUGCUGGUCGCGACGGUGCUGGCGGCGGUGCUAGCCGGCGCGUGGUGCGCCCCACCGUCGGUGACGUUCACGGUGGACAAGGGGUCCAACGAGAAGAACAUGGCGCUGCAGAUCAAGUGCAGCAAGGAGGGGGACGCCAUGAAAGCGGUGGAGCUCAAGGAGCACACCUACAACAAGUGGCUCUUCCUCAACAAGGGCGCCGGCGGCGUGUGGCAGGUCAAGAGCGACAAGCCGCUAAAGGGCCCCUUCAACUUCCGCUUCGUCACAGAGAAGGGCAUGAAGAACGUCUUCAACGACGUGGUUCCGGCCAACUUCAAGGUCGGCACCACCUACGCCCCCAAGGAGUAGACUUGUUAGAGUGGUCAAUCCGUCAUGGAUCAUCGGUCGUCGUCGUGAGCUUUUUUCUUCCUCUUUCAGAUCGUAUCAUAAAUAUUUGUUGAUGCUUUAUUUUUGAGGUGAUUAUAUAUACGCAUGUAUGAUUUCUUUUU